GCUGAGCACACUCAUGAGGUGGAGGAAUCACCAGUGGAAGUGUAUGACGAUGAGGACAAGAUCAAAUGGAGCCGUGAACCAAUUGAUGAUUUAUUGUUGACUGAAAUCCGGCCUGUACCUGAUCUACCGCGGGUGGAGAAUCUACGACUGAACGGCGUUGGGUUUGCCGAUGCGUUGAUGGUCCACGAAUUUGUCAGGAAUUUCAGUCGGGUUUUGGAGAUAGAUCCUGCCUCGUUACCGUCAUUGGGUGCCUUCUGUGCAGGUCUUGUUGGUGAUGUGGAGCACUUCGAAAAAGUUCUUCAACUUACUCGAUCUCUCUUCCGGUUGGCACUCGAGUAUCCUGGAUUGCCUACUGGAAAACGAGGCAGAACGCGGCUGGGACAGACUGUAUCGGAAUUGGGUGUGACCGAACAGAACUACUCGGAGCUUAUACGGCUGUUCCUGUCAUCCAGAGAU